AUGCGGCGAUGGGCGCGAGUGCCAUAUGCAGAUGAAGUGGAGAAGAGGGUUGAGGACUUGGAAGCAGGCUCAAGUGAAACAAGCAUUGCCGCAGGCUCCGACUUCUCUGUCGUUCAUGGACUCAGAGCAGGUGAAACUCGGACAUGGAUAUGCGGAAACCUCGAUCACAAGAGCUCACGCUUCAGCACUUGCGUGUCGCAUGAGCUAAGAGAACUUUUGCCGUUGAGGGGGGUAAGGAUAAAUUCUCUCGCGUGCGGAAGAGCGCAUGCAGUGUUGACGACGGAGGAAGGAGAUGUGUGGUCAUUCGGAUGGAACAUGUACGGUCAACUAGGGUUGGGCUUGCAAUAUGAUCACACUCGGACACCGCAGCUGCUUGAGAGUCUGAGAGGGCCAAAGCUGCAAGAUGUGGCGUGCGGAGGGCAACACGCGGUGGUCAUGCUAUCUGAUGGUUCUCUCUUUGCAUGGGGAAGGAACGAGGAGGGACAACUUGCUAUCGGGAGUCUUGAGCCCAAGCUGAUCCCAAGCAGAGUCGAGACGCCCUGGAGGGGGGAGGAGCGGGUGGUUCAGUUGGCUUGCGGUUUCAGUCACACAGCUUUUCUCACGUCCUCCGGCAGGGUCUUCUGUUCCGGUCAAGGGGAUAGCGGACAGCUGGGCAUCGGCUCCAAGUCAAACAGCCUUGUGCCCGCGUUGGUGCUGGGGAUUGAGCGCGCCCACGUCGGUUCCCUCGUCUGUGGCCACAGCCACACGAUGGUCGUGGACGCCAACGCACAGAUGGCGUUUUCCUGGGGAAGUAACGCAACUGGUGAGCUGGGGCAUGCGAGUUGCGAGGUCGAGUUUCAGCUGCUCCCGAAGCUGAUGCUGGAAGAUCUCAAGGAGGUUCGGCUGUCGGCUGUCGGCUGUGGCCCAUGUGCUCGGCACACACUGUUAGCUUGCCGGCAGCGAAUGCCAUGGCGGCUGGAGAGGCUCUUAUGGAUCGGAGUUCUCAAGUGCGAGGCUUCUCAAUGUCUUUUGGCGCUUCUCCCUCGUGACGGAAUCGCGUCAUGUCCCAUCCUCAUCCAUAUCUUAAGACUAUUGCCCCUUCGUUUCUUCUUGUAG